CAAAAUAACCUUUGUCCCUCCGUGCUCGCCGUAGCUGUAGAUUUUCAACAUGGCGGCCUCCAUGCUGUUUCAGAUGAGGAGACAUUGCUCAUUGGUGCCAUGUCUCACUGUGGCUAAAAGGCAGUAUGCUUCCAAUCCUCCAUCUCUGUUCAGCAAGGUCUUCCUUCAGUUAAAUCAGCGCUUUCUUGAGGUGGAAUAUCUCAUAAGAUUGGGCAACUGGUUCAAAAAUCGGGACGUGAGACGUAAAAAUUUGUUCUAUGAUUACGCACAAAAGAAAUACGGUGUCAAUGUCGCAGCAGCGUACUCCAUUCUGAAACUGGGAGGAGCCUUCAGGUUUGCUGGACAGACUGAGUGGUUUUGCACCGAUUCAAAGGGGAAGUUUAGUUUUGAUUUUGUAAACACACCAGACUCCACUAUAGAGGAGAUUGACUUGAGCAGGACUCUGAUAAACCAGGCUGGACUGCACAACCUCAUGAGUCAGCGCAAGCUGCGUUCCCUCUCCGUGCAGGGCUGCCCAGAGGUCGAUGACUGGUUCCUUGCUCGCUUACAUGUUUUCAGCGAAACCCUUCAGGAGUUAAACUUAUCCCAUUGCCCUCGUAUCACUGUGGGAGGUUUAGCUGCACUGCAACACCUCAGGCAGCUGCAGCAGCUAGAUAUAUCCUCACUCCCGCAGGUGCAGAGUCCAGGCCUGGUGCACAUCCUCGUUGAGGAGAUGCUGCCUCACUGCAAGGUCAUCGGUGCUGAAUAUGAUCAGGGACUCCAGAUCCAAACAGACAAUCGGGAGCCCACAGAUGCAGACUCACUGAGACAUGCUCAGACAUAACAGGACUGGGGACACAGAUACAAAUGCCGCUCCUGUUGAUGCUUAGCCAUCUAAUGGCACCAAGCUUGACAAUACUUUUAUGUAAUUCAAAACAAACUAAAAAAGCUGAGGAGGAGCCUGAUACACCUGACCACGAGGGUGAAAAGAUGGAUCUCAACAUCAUAUAGCGACUGUUGGAAAAGGGUCAAAUGUGCAGACGAUGCUGGAAAAGAAAAGAAUGUGCAGGACCUGGAGGAUUUUUCUGAAGAACAGUGGGCAAUUUAACUGCUCAGGACAAACAAGGGACUCAUGAACAACUAUCACAAAACAUAAAAACCGUCAUUGAUCAUCCAAGUAACAUCACACAGUAUUAAAAAUCAAGCGUAUGUAAACUUUUGAACUGAUUCAUUUGUGUAAAUUCUGUUAUUAUUAUGUCUUGUGGACUUUAUGUAAAUAUUUAUGUGUAAUAGUUUUAGGGCAGUACUAAAUCAAUGUAAAAAAUGAUAUUUUUAUGAUACCUUUUUUUUUAUUUUAUUUUUUUUAUUUAUUUAUUUUUUAAAAAAGGCAUAUUUAAAUGUGUGACCUCGACUUUACAUGCACAUGUGUAAUGAAUGCAGAUUAAGUGGA